AUACAGUGAGCAUCGGUGGCUGACAUCUGAGAUGGGCGAGAUAAGCGCGGGCUGAUCCCGCUCGAGCCCCGCCGGCCAAUCAGCGCGCGGGCUGCCUGAUCUAUGGUACAGGGGGCGGGGCCUGCGCCGGACUCCGCCCCCGAGUCGUGGCCUCGGCCGAGCGUAGCCCCUUCCCCAGUGUACCUCUCGCUGUCUGCCAGGAAGGAACUGUGUACUGCGCUGCGCUGCGCCCGUGACACUCACUCGGAUUCUGUGUGCGACUCGGUGCUGACUGUCGCUGAGAACUGUGCUUUGCGUUGCGAGCGGCCCUGCCGUCCCGAAAGACAAGGAAGAUGAUAGUGUGUUGCGCCGGCUGCCAGAAGCCCAUCACAGGCAAGUUCCUGGUGACGGUGCUGGAGAGAACGUGGCACGCCGAGUGUGUGCGCUGCUCAGACUGCGGGGGCGCGCUCACCGACAAGUGCUUCAGCCGCGAGGGAAAGCUCUUCUGCAAGAACGACUUCUUCAGGCGCUUCGGAACCAAGUGCUCGGGCUGCCUGCAGGGUAUCUCCCCCCAGGACCUGGUGAGGAAGGCCCGCGACCGCGUCUUCCACCUCAAAUGCUUCACGUGCUGCGUCUGCCGCAAGCAACUGUCCACAGGCGAGGAGCUGUACGUGCUUGAGGAGAACAAAUUCGUUUGCAAACAGGACUACAUGAGCGGAAAACUGACAGUCGACCCGUACGUCAUGUCCGACGACGAGGAAGAGAUCGAAUCCAUGGACACCGGGGACACUUCUCUCACUUCCCCGGGCUCUGACAACACCACACUCCACGCCCCCAACACGCCCGCAACCCCUGCCACGCCCUCAGCGCCGCCCACCACAGACCUCGAGAAGGCAUCGAGUGUGAAUUCGCGAGACGAAGCCGAAGACGAAGACGAGGUGCUCGAAGGCGAGAAUAAGGACGACGACAGACGGUCUGGCGAAGAGGAGAAAGGUGCCAACAAGCGCCGAGGUCCCCGCACGACCAUCAAAGCCAAGCAACUGGAGAUCCUCAAGAACGCUUUCAACAAGACACCCAAACCCACGAGGCACAUCCGGGAACAGCUGGCCAAGGAGACGGGGUUGCCGAUGAGAGUCAUACAGGUUUGGUUCCAGAACAAGCGAAGUAAAGAACGGCGGAUGAAGCAGCUCACGACCAUGGGGAUGCGGGCACACCUCUUCGCCAAACCACGGAGCUGCGCACCUGCCCGGGUAGGAGGAGGGUACGGUUUCUUCCGGGCUACAAAGGUUCCCGGAAGCAGUCCGGGCAUUCGGCCCAGCAGCCCAUGGGCUACCCGCACAUGGGCCCUGGCAUGGAGCAGCCCCUCCCCCCCGGCGGACCCAUGGGCGCCGCUGAAUUCCCCGGGAUGCCGCCCAUGGCCACGAUGAUGGGCGAGGCCUGCCCCCCACACCCCCCCAUGACGUCACCCUCCGAAGAAAUGGUCCAUGGCGGCGGGUUUAGCGAUCACCAGAGUUCGGAGAUCUUGGCAUGGUAACGGGCAUCUAUACCCCUCCCCUACCCCCCCUCAUCCCCCCACCAUACCAAUACCCAACCCCCCCCCCAACUCCCCUUUCCUACCAGGCCCCACAUACGAGAGAAAAAUUUUAACCUUCUCAUCAUCCUUUCCCCCCCCCCCUCCCCCUCGCACUCUCCCUACCUACGCCCUCACGCCCAAAAUGCCUCCCCCCCUACCCCUCUUCCCCCGCACCCCCACGCCCUCCUUGCCCACGCCCACAUACCCAAGCCCCGCCCCCGCCCCUCUGAAGAGCGCCCUGCCUCCGCCUACGCCUCCGUCGACGUGCGCACAACUCGCCAACCAAAGAUAUCUCUGCGCAGCUCCUCGGUGACGUCACGGAUUUUGCUAUGAUGACGUCAUCUGAGUCUGGCUAUGGAAAACAAACAAACAAAUGGACAAAUGGACAAAAAAAAUGAAUAAGUUAAGAAAGCGUUAAUAUUAUUUGUGAGUUUAUCCAUCACUGCAUUUUUUUUUUUUUUUUUUUUCUCUCUUUUUUGCUCUAUUUGAUAAUGAAGUGUGUGGAAUUUAAUUGUAGAAUUGUAUAAUGUAUGGAUGUUAUAGAGAGACAACUACAAAAUAAUUACAAAACAAAACCUACAAAAAAUAGUAUUUCACGACAAAUACAAACAAACAAACAAAGUAAACCCUAUUUUUGUCACGUGACAAUCCAGAUAUUUGAAGAAGAAAAAAAACAGAAUUCUCACAAAAAAAAUAAUAAAAAAUGCUAAAAAAAAAAAAUGUCGGAUUGAUGUCGUCCAAAAGGUGUUUAAGAUAAUUUGUAACGCCACGGAAGUGACUGUUAGAUUACAAUUUAUAUAAUUAUAAUUUCAUAAUUUAAAACGAAACAUUUGUAUAUUAUAUUUUCCACCCGCCCUUCCUCCUCCUCCUCCUCCUCCUCCUCCUCCUCCUCCUCC